GAAUUUUAUUUUGGGCUGUACAUAUUUAGAUGCUUAAGGUAAAAAUGAUAAAGCUCUCAAGCCACUGUGUGGGCUUGGGUCCAAGUGUUCCUUCUUGCUGCCUCUCUAACACGCCUGGUUAAAAUAAUCCCUUUGGGUGGUGCUGAGAAGCACCUGAACCAGGUGGGCUCCCCAAAUAACAAUGGCGUGCAAGUGUCUGGUUCCCAGAAGUUGGUGACUAGGUAAGCAGCUUCAGGGAGAGGGGGCUGAUUCCCAGACAGUCACCUGUUCCUGCGGGGAUGGGACUGAGGCUUGGGGAGUGUGGGCAGGAGGAUAUGCCAUUUGAUUCUGUUGCACACAUUCUUUUCCCUUCUUUCUGUAUGUCUGGUCAUUCUGCUAUUCUGUCGUUCCUCACAUAGGUUGGACAUUGGCCGGCUGCCAGUGUAAGGGCCAGUGUGAUUUUGCUGGGGUGUGAGCUGAGAAAGAGAGGUGGAGGCUAAGCAGGUGUGAUGCUUCGCAGAGGUGCUGAGUUUUUGUCCUGAGCAGGGAAUCUUUGCUUAUCCCUUUGACCAAGGAUCUUUGCUGCAAAGGCUGGGUAUCCGCUGUGCUCAGCAAAGCGUCAACUCGUGUAAGAGCUUAGCAGGAAUAGUUCUGGCUAAGGUUAGGAGGCUGCCACCAAAGUCUCUUUUUUGUUCCUCUUCUUCUCCCGUUUGCCUCCUUAUCAUGAGAUCUUUUUGCUAAGCUGGCAGAAAGAUUGCAUAGUCAGUGCUUCCAGCUCCACUUCCACCUGAUCCUGCACUGUCAUCUGGUCCCUGAAUGAAUGAACUCUGAUACCCAAUCUUGUCUUGAGCCCUCUCUGUGCCACUCAUGACUCCUCUUCUGCUCUUUCCAUCUUUUUGCUGAGAGUUCUGGGCUCUGUACUUCCUCUUAGCCCAUCUCACUUCCUGAAACACCCCUGAAGAGGGUUGCUUAUCUCGAUGGAACUCAAAAAGCCAAAAAGCUGCAGGCAGAGGCCUUGAGGACAUCUGUUUGGGGAACUAAGAGCAGCAGCACUUUCAGAUUCAGUCCAUAUAGAGCCGUCCUACAGCGUUCUGGAAACUUGAGGAUGUGCGGCGCAUAAAGGGGCUGGAAGUGACCCACCUGUGAUGAGCCCUUUCUAAGGAGAGGGGUUUCCAAGAGAUCACCUCACCAGAAAAGGGUAGGAAUGAGCAAGUUGGGAAUUUUAGACUGUCACUGCACAUGGACCUCUGGGAAGACGUCUGGCGAGAGCUAGGCCCACUGGCCCUACAGACGGAUCUUGCUGGCUCACCUGUCCCUGUGGAGGUUCCCUUGGGAAGGCAAGAUGCCCAACAACAGCACUGCUCUGUCAUUGGCCAGUGUUACCUACAUCACCAUGGAGAUUUUCAUUGGACUCUGCGCCAUAGUGGGCAACGUGCUGGUCAUCUGCGUGGUCAAGCUGAACCCCAGCCUGCAGACCACCACCUUCUAUUUCAUUGUCUCUCUAGCCCUGGCUGACAUUGCUGUUGGGGUGCUGGUCAUGCCUUUGGCCGUUGUUGUCAGCCUGGGCAUCACAAUCCACUUCUACAGCUGCCUUUUUAUGACCUGCCUACUGCUUAUCUUUACCCACGCCUCCAUCAUGUCCUUGCUGGCCAUCGCUGUGGACCGAUACUUGCGGGUCAAGCUUACCGUCAGAUUCAGAAUUCCUGGGCUCCCUGGGUGCAUUCUAUCAUUCCAGUUGAAAGUUUGCUUCCUUCCUGUCAUGUGGCUCUUCAUACUACUCUCCUUGGCUCUCAUUUCAGAUGCCAUGGUCAUGGAUGAAAAGGUCAAGGAAAGCUUUGUGCUGGACACGGCUUCUGCCAUCUGCAACUACAAUGCCCGCUACAAGGAUCACCCCAAAUACUGGUGCCGAGGCUAUUUCCGUGACUACUGCAACAUCAUCGCCUUCUCCCCUAACAGCACCAACCAUGUGGCCCUGAGGGACACAGGGAACGAGCUCAUUGUCACUAUGUCCUGCCUGACCAAAGAGGACACGGGCUGGUACUGGUGUGGCAUCCAGCGGGACUUUGCCAGGGAUGAGAUGGAUUUUACAGAGCUGAUUGUAACUGACAACAAAGGAACCCUGGCCAAUGACUUUUGGUCUGGGAAAGACCUAUCAGGCAACAAAACCAGAAGCUGCAAGGCUCCCAAAGUUGUGCACAAGGCUGACCGCUCCAGGACGCCCAUUCUCAUCAUUUGCAUACUGAUCAUGGGUUUGGGAAUCAUCACUAUAAUCAGUCAUUUGACCAAAAGGAGGAGAAGUCAAAGGAAUAGAAGGGUAGGCAACUCUUUGAAGCCCUUCUCACGUGUCCUGACUCCAAAGGAAAUGACUCCUACUGAACAGAUGUGACUGAAGAUUUCUUUUAUUUAGUUCAUAAAUAAAGUGAUGCUACAACAGAAUAAUCACCAUGACAACUGGCCCACACCUCAGAGACUGAUUCUGAUCUCCCAAGAAUUCUGAAGCACCCUCUAUCCUUGACAACAAUCAUUUGCAGCCAGGUAACAACAGCGGUAGUCAGAGGAGCUAUGAUAGACCACAACCGAGCAAGGCUGCCCUCAAAUAACAUCUCAAGAUCUUACUUCUUAUGCAUUCCAUCAGUCAGAAGUGAAGAAGAGGUAGAUAAUCUGGAUCGGGGACCAGGAAAUCACUUGUAUUUUGUUGGCCAAUAAAUUCCUAGCCAUUGUUGAAUGAACUCCAAGCUCAGCAGCCAGCCUUCAGGUUUGCAGGUCCAGAAAUUUGAUCUUAUCAGGGCACCAAGAAAUGACUGAUUUCUCCAGAACUGAUUCCCACCAACC